UUUAUCUAUCUAUUAGUACUCUACACUAGUGACAGAAGCCGGACCGAACCUGUGUUUUUAUUUACAUGUGAUGGUCUUUGUUUUGGUUCGUAAAUACCAAAAUUUUUAAUAGUUUGUAAAUUAUGAAAGUAGCAAUUUCAUUAAUAUUUAAUUAACGAUGAGUAAGCAAUUAUCAAUAGAUACAUUCUUUAAGUUUUCUAAAAUUCAAACGAAUACAAAUGUUUUGAAAGAAAACGGAGGAGUAAGCGGACAAUUUAGUGGUAUUAAUCAUGGUGGUGUAAUGAAGAAAAACCGCUUUAGUUUAAAAAAGCCUACAACUCCUUCCAAAUCAUCUAAUAUGACUACAGAUACAAAUACAUGGGUUCCAACUGAAAAUGUUGAUGUUGUGAAUUUGAUUAGUGACGAUGAAGAUACUGAUCUUAUGAAUGCAGUUGACUUAGUUGAAUGUGUACUAAAUUCAUCACAAUUAUCGAGUGCUAGUGAUAGUGCUGUGUCUGAAUCCUCACAGAGAACUGUAAUAUAUGAUAUCUCAUCUGAAUCUAUUGAUCGAACAUUUGUGACACCUAGUAAAAUACCAAUUACACCUACAAAGUCUCCAAUUACACCCACCAGAACUCCUGCAUGUCAUAUCCUUACUCCAACAACUUCCAGUACUUCUAGCCCAGGUUCCAAAAAUAAGUUUUAUUCACCUACUAAAAAACGCACAGUUGUCAAAAGAAGUCCUGUGAAGAGAAAGUUGGAUCAAGAUUUUGCUCAAGUUACUGAUAAUGAUGAUUAUUUUAAAGCAUGUGAUGGCAUGGAUGACAAAACUAUAUUUCUUCUUGAGAUCAUUCACAAGUUCCUUAACAAUAAAUCUUUAAAAAGAUUGUUGUCGGAGGAAAGCCAGCUUCUUCUUUCAAGUUGCAUGAAAGUUAUAAAGCCUGGAAUGAUGAUAGUCUGUCGUCUAUAUUGGCGAAAGAGAGGCUGGUACAGGAGUAAACAAAUUGAAGAUAUGACUUUAAAAGUUAAACAGUUGGAUGAGUCCAGUUUUCAGGUGAUGAUUAAUUCACUGGUAUCAGCUGGUCUACUUGAUCAAAAUAUACCAGGUGAAUCUGGUCUCAGUUUUGAUGAUUUUAUAUCUCUAUUGAAAGCUGAUGAACUGAAACAAAUAUGUAAAGAGUUAAAAUUGAAAAUACAAUCAAAAUCAAAACAGGAUGUUGUGGAUAUGCUUAAGAAAUUCUGUCAAUCACAAUCUAUCAGUAACUAUUUUACAGGUAAUUUAAAGACAAACUCCAAGAGAGUUAUUCAAAUUAUGAAUGAAAAGGCAGGAGUUUGUUAUAGACUGUCAGAAUUUACUAGGAGUACACUGUACCGACUGUAUGUUCUCAUGUACUUAGGCAUAGAUUACAAUCAUAUAAGGGACAAGAAACUAGAACUGUUACUUAUAAAUGACAAAAUAAAAAGGGAAACUUACCCUGUGGAUGCAGAUAUGUCAUUGGAUGAUGCUAGUGUUGUUUUUGAAAGUAAACAACAAUUUGACAGUUAUAUGGUAGCUCAUUUAAUUUAUGAAGGUUUUUUGGAGAAAACAGAUCUGAAUGAAAAGUGUGCCAUUGUUACAAAUGUGUAUAGCUUAUACAAAGAUUUUUCCAAGGAAGAAAUUUUACGCUAUAAGUCGCUUCCACCGUGGUUGCGUCGAUUUACACCUAGCAAUAUAUACGUGAAAAUAUUAGAUGCUGGAAUACAAGAAUUAAAGAAACACAAAUCGAUAGAAUACUAUGAGCUUGCUGUGGAAAUUCUCGAUUUACUUAUAUCACAGAUUGCUUUUAGACAGCACAAAAAAGCUGAAUGGUACAUGGAGAAAGCGAUAAUAUUACGUUAUCUAGGUAGGAAUGAUGAGGCGGCGGAAGUAUUAUUACAAGGAUUUAAUUCAGAUCUUCCAGAAGAUGCUAAAGAUAGUUUACGACCGCGAGCUCGGAAUAUAGCUAACCAAGCUAGCCAGCAGUUAAAGUCUGAUCUAUUGCGACAAGCCGAUAAAGAGACUAUAUUAGAGAAUAAACUGCCUGCCAAUCAUAUCUGCAAACAACCAAUGGAACGUGCUCAACAACGCGGCAAGUUGAAGUUUAAGACUCGUGUGGGUGGUGAGUUGACGGUACAGGAUGCCGAGGAUUACUGCAUAACGCAUUACAUAGACAGUGGAAAAUAUACGCACGGCAAACAUUGGGAAGGCAGAUUUGCCAUCACCAUUUUCUUCUUGCUCUUCUGGGACAUCAUAUAUUCGAAGCCACGUGGUGUAGUGGGCAUAUUCCUGAGUCGCUUUCAAAUGUACCCGUUGGAUAUGUUCAGUGACAGUUUCUAUAUGAAUAGAAAGGCGUUGAUAGACAAAAGACUGGAGUUGAUAAAGCACAGCACUACAGAAGAUAUGUUGAAUCUCAUGAAUUGCACUUGGGACAGCAGACCGGAGGGCGAGGUGUCGGGCGUGUGGUUGGCUGGUGCGGAACGGGCGGCGUGUACGGCGGCGGCACGAGCGCUGCAGCCGGCCGGCGCGGCAGCCCUCUGCCAACGCCUCGCCGUUCACUACCGUUACUGCAGCGCUGGCUUCCCCGACCUCACGCUGUGGAACGUGCACACCAACCAGAUUAAGUUCGUGGAAGUGAAAACAGAUACAGACAAACCGUCUAUGAAGCAGAUACAGUGGAUGCAUUAUCUGAAACAAAACGGUAUUGAGACUGAGUUCUGUUAUGUUGGAGUUAACACCACUAGGAGUAAAUCUAGAGCCAGCUAAUAAUUUAUAAAACAAAAAAAUCUUAUUAAACAUACUCGAAUACUUUUAGGUAUAGGCUUGUGGUUUAGGUUAAAGAUCUGUAUAAUAUGUAAGUUAGUGAUGCUCUUUGUUUUUAAUCAUUGACAAUGUUAUUAACAGUAUAUUUGAUUGUCCGGUUUUAAUAAUAAUAUUGUAAUUUUUAUUGAAUGUAAUUUUUAUAAUUUUCUAUCUAUGGAAGGGUUUCAUUAGAAGUUCUUUCGCCUAUCAUUUGCUUUGUGGAUAUUUUUAAUAACCAAAUAUAUUAUCUAUAUUUGGUUAUAUAUAUAGUACAUUACUGCAGCAGCCAGCAACUGAGGCAUUGAUGGACGAACGUGCAAAUGUGGGCCGACGCGUAGUCGAGGCACACAUACGUGAGUCCAUCAAUGCCUAGUUGUGGCCAAGGCUUGUAUAUACUUGUUACCGAUUUUGAAAAUUUUGUUCUUAUUGGAAACUAUUAUUUUUUUUUAUUCUCCUGAACGCUUUGAGCAUAAGGGAGCAUUAUCGUUCGUUAUGGACAGUUAAAGUAAUAAAUAGCUAAUAUGAUAAUGUGCAAAAAUGUUUAUGUAAUAUAUAAAAUUCUCAUGUCACAAUAUUUGUUCGCGCUAACCUCUAAAACCGCAAACCUGUUUUAAUGAAAUUUUGAAAUGUGUAUUGUUUGUUUUAACUUGAAAGAUAGGAUAGUUAACAGAUUCUGAUUCACUUAGAUGGUGGUAGCAGGAAAAACGUUUGCUGAUUUAAAUAUGUUUGCCAUAAAUUAAAUUGAAAAGUUAUUUAAAAAAAAUUUUAAAUAGAAAUAUAUUUGUACUUAUUUGUAAAAUAUUACGAUGCCAAAAAAUUUCAAUUGGCAAAAUGUUGGUUAACUGUGAUAUUUGUUAUUUGGAAGACGGAAAGAAAAAAUAUAGUUUUGUAUAUGCGAGUAUAUGUGGUUAUAAGUCAAAAUUAUUAUAUUAAUGCGAGUGAUAAAUCAUUAAUAAUAUGCAUGCACAAAAUUUAUCUAUCUCUAAAUGAGUUGAGAAAUUACGUACGUUAGAUAGGUACGGAUUUAAAAUCUGUUGAGAUAAAAGUAUAAUUUUUAUAUUUUAAUUCUAGAAUGCUGUGUUCAGAUACAGUUAUAGAAGUAUAUAGCCAUUGGCCUAUACAGAGUCUUUUAAUAUGACUAGUAUUGGUAGUUAGCUUUACUAAUAAUAGUAAAUAUAUAGUAUUUUAUACAAGACACUAUAGUACAGGUGAAAUAGUAUCAUAAAAUUCUUUUUUAUUGUUAGAGACAUUUUGUAACUGACCGUUUGAACGAGUUUAAUAUCACGACAAGAAAGCUAAAUGUAUGCAAUAUUACUUUAUAUUAUGUACCUAUUUUGUUAUUUUUAUUACAUUAUAAUAAACAUAUGUAAAAUA